CUCACAAGCACUUCCGGGUGCCUGGCAGCGUGGUGGUCAGAGGCCCCGAAGGCGAAUGACGGAGUGGGAGGCGAUCGUGGUUGCUCUGCGGAUUGUUGAGAAGCGCCGUCAAGAUGCUGCGGCGGAAGCCGACGCGUCUGGAGCUAAAGUUAGAUGAUAUCGAGGAAUUCGAGGGCGCCAGGAAGGAGCUGGAGAGUCGUAAGAAGCAGCGCGAAGAGGUGGAUGUAGUGGGAGCCAGUGAUGGCGAGGGAGCUCUGGGACUAAGUAAUGACCAUAAGAGCCGGGAACAGAUGAUACACGACCGCAUUGGCUACAAACCACAACCCAAACCAAACAAUCGUUCUGCUCAGUUUGGAAAUUUUGAAUUCUAGAACAUGGGAACUUUGAGCAAAGUAGGACUCUAUUCAUGGUUAUGGAAAGCUGUUUUGGCCUGUCUUGGUUUUGCCCAAGCGGGCCAAGCCUUUCAUUUAUGUGAAACUAAGACUGGAUCCUCUUCAUUUGAAGCUGUCUGUCUUGCAACCUUAAAUAAAUGUGCUUUUUAAAUUGGGA